AUGCGCUCAAUAUUUUACUUACUCGCGCUCACAGCGACAUCUUUGGCAGGAGAUCCGCAAAAGAUCUUGAAACAACCACUUCGUCAAAUUGCGGAAUAUUAUCAUCUCCCACCGCUUCGCGAACAAGCAGCAAUUCAGGAUAAAUGGACCAAAGAAAGAAUUGACAAUGUUCCUGCUAUAUUGAACAAGUAUGGGGUAGAUGCUUGGCUUAUGAGCCAAAAAGAAUAUGCUGAAGAUACUGUGUUCUGGUCAUUGAAAUCUGCAAAACAAUUCUCCGCUCGGCGAAGAACUGUGAAUCUGUUCAUCGCCAAUCCUACAAAGGGAACGCCUUCGUCGUAUUCGUGGAUUGACAACACGCCUGAAGUAUGGUCGGAUAUUCUGGAGGUGCUGGAAUCGCAAAAUCCUUCCAAGAUUGCCAUUAAUGCUGAUGAGAGCUCGGCUUUCAGUGGUGGGCUGCAUGUCGGUGAGCUGGGGAUUCUCCAAAGUCAGCUGGGAAAGUGGGCAAAGAGGUUUGUGGUGGAGAGGAUGGUUGCAAUUGAAUUUGUUGGGACAAUGGUUCCUGGGAGAUUGGAAUGGUACGAGAAGCUUCAACAUACAGCUUGGGCGAUGAUCUCUGAGGGCUUUUCAUCGAAAGUCAUCGUUCCGGGUGUGACGAGGACAGAGGACGUCGAAUGGUGGCUUCGUGAUAAAAUCCAGCAAAUGAACUACACGACCUGGUUUCAUCCAGAUGUUAGCAUUCUCGGCGAAAAGUCUCCGUUUGAGAUUACUGAGUCGCCAGUCAUUAAUUAUGGUGAUCUUUUGCACGUGGAUUUCGGUGUCACUGCUAUGGGGAUGAAUACUGAUACCCAACACAUGGCAUAUGUUCUUCGCCCGGGUGAGACGGAUUCGGAUAUUCCAGUCGGAUAUCUGGAGGGUCUUAAGCAGGUCAACAGGCUACAGGAUAUUGUAAAGGGGUAUAUGGUACCGGGAGCGACAGGGAACAGUGUGCUGGAAAAGAGCUUGAAUAAAAUGAGGGCAGAGGGAUUUGAUGGAAGGGUGUAUUGCCACCCUAUUGGAGACUGGGGACAUGCUGCCGGAGCGCUGAUAGGAAUGUUCAACCUCCAGGAAGGUGUCUCUGUCCUUGGAGAGGUACCUUUGCUCAAACAAUCCUAUUUCAGCGUCGAAUUGUAUGCUGAGCAUUUCGUGCCGGAGAGGAAUCUGACGAUGAACUUUUUUCUGGAAGAGGAUGUUCGCUGGGAUGAGAAGACUCAGCAGUGGGUCUGGGUUGUCGGAAGGCAGGAGAAGUUUCACUUGAUUCAUCCUGCGAAGUAG